AACAUAUUAAAUAUCUUCAAAUUUGAAUAGCUGGUUUUCAAUCCGAUGAAACAUCGUUCAUCAUUAUUAUCACCGCCAAAUUUCAAAUCCGAAUGACCUUCUUCUUCCCCCUUACCCGCUACCUACUAUUCGCUUUGAAAGCCAGCCGUUAUCACACAUCUGCCUCUGUCCUCGACUCGCCUUUCAAUCUCCUCCAUUUCCUUAAUCUCUCCUCUACCCAUCAAUGUCUCCAAUUCACCAAGCAAGCCCACGCUCGAGUCUUCUUACUUGGGUUCAAUCAGAACCCGUUUUUAGCCUCAAAGCUCCUCUCUUUAUACGCCCUUUUUGGGCACCUAACUCAGUCAAAAGCCGUUUUUGAUUCGGUUCAAGACAAGAAUGUUUAUCUUUGGAACUCAAUGAUCAAUGGGUAUCUAAAAAGUUACUCGUAUGCUGAAGCUUUUGAUUUGUUCUGUAAAAUGGAUUGUUUUAAUGUAAAGCCUGAUGAUUUUACGUUGGCAACGAUUUCGAAAGUUGCUGGCGAAAUCAGGGACUUGGUAGUGGGGAAAUUGGUUCAUUGUCAAAGUGUAAAAACUGGGUUUGUGGUGGAUAUCGUUGUUUCCAAUUCUUUGAUUUCAAUGUACGGGAAAUGUGGAGAGUUUGAGGCGAUGAAGAAAGUGUUCGACGAAAUGCGUGAAAGGAAUGUGGGGUCUUGGAAUGCGUUGAUUUCGGGGUAUUCAAAUUCAGGGGAUUGGAGAUCGGUGAAGGAUUUGUGGGAAGUUGUUAAAAGCAUGCAAUUUCAUGGCAUGCACCUCGAUGGAUUCACAGUUUCGAGUCUUUUGCCUUUGAGUAGCGGUGGGUGUACGUGGGGAUGUAGUUAUGGGAGGGAACUCCAUUGUUAUACUCUGAAGAAUGAAUUGGAUUCGUGUUUUGGUUCAGAUGUUCAUUUAGGUUGUUGUCUGAUCGAUAUGUAUUCAAAAAGCGGUAAAGUUUCAACGGGUAGAAAUGUUUUUGAUAGAAUGGGGUCUAGAAAUGUUUAUGCUUGGACUGCAAUGAUCAAUGGUUACAUUGAAAAUGGAGAUUUUGAGGAAGCAUUGGUUCUUUUUCAGGAAAUGCAGUUGAAAGAUGGAAUAGAACCCAAUAAAGUGUCUCUAGUGAGUGUUCUCCCUGCUUGUGGCUCUUAUGCUGGUUUAAGGGCUGGGAAACAGAUUCAUGGUUAUGCAACUAGAAAAGAACUGACCUGUGAUGUAGCUUUGCGUAAUGCAUUGAUUGAUAUGUAUUCUAAAUGUGGGAGCUUGAAUAGUGCUAGACAAGUUUUCGAUGAAGGUUCGUUCGGUAAAGAUGCUAUAUCUUGGAGUUCAAUGAUCUGUGGAUAUGGAUUACAUGGAAAGGGUGAAGAAGCCAUAAGUCUUUAUAACCAGAUGCUUUUGCUUGGGAAUAAACCAGAUAUGAUAACGGUGGUAGGGGUGCUUUCUGCUUGCUGUAGGUCGGGGUUGGUAAAUGAAGGUCUUAGUCUUUAUAACACAAUAAAAAAUGAAUAUGGGAUUAAACCAACGGUUGAGAUAUGUGCUUGUGUUGUCGACAUGCUCGGUCGAUCCGGACAGCUUGAUCAAGCAUUAGAUUUUAUCCGAACCAUGCCUGUUGAACCUGGGCCUAGUGUUUGGGGUGCUCUUGUUAAUGCUUCUGUAAUGCAUGGGAAUAUUGAGAUGCAAGAACUUGCUCAUAGGUUUCUCAUUCAUUUAGAACCCAAAAACCCUUCGAAUUAUGUCUCACUUUCGAAUUUACAUGCUUCUUCUAAAAGAUGGGAUGCUGUGGCAGGAUUGAGGAAAAUGAUGAAGGAAAAGGGUUUGAAGAAGGCACCUGGGUGUAGCUGGAUUAACAUCAAUGGCAAGACUCAUUGCUUUUAUGUGGCUGAUAAGGCACAUCCUCAUUCCACUUUGAUUUAUGAGAUACUUGAUGGCCUCAUCCUUAUAAUGAAGGGAGCUGGUUACCCUAUUGAUUCUGAAGAGUUGAUACCGAUCACUAGUUAAUAAUCGAAGAGAACACUGGCCGGUGGAGCCAUCACAAAUGAGUUAUAAGAAAACUAACUGUUUCAGGUUGGUUAUAUGGCAUAUUGUUCUAUAGUGUUGAUAUUUAUCAUCCAUUUUCUAUUGCUACUCUGCAUAAGUUUCAU